AUGCACUGGCGCGCGUUGGUUGUCGCUUCUAGUACUCACCUCAAAGAUUUUGGCGUACUACGUGUCAAGAAAAUCAUGCUUUCAACGACGCCGUCGGAGAGGGGUUCCGCUCUUUCAUUCGAGCGAGUAUCCAGUAUCGGGCUGUCUGCACGGCAUCUGUCUGGGAUUCGUUUCAGAAGUGAAGGUUCUUACGAGGAAGGCAUGACCGAACUUGACACGGGUGCAGGCGCUCACGAACGAUACAUAAAAUUGAAGCCAGUCGAGCCUCAGCUAUCGCUCACUUCUUCCCGUCUCACUUCUCCAAUGGCGUCGUCGUCGGACAUCGUGAUCCUUACGGUUGGUCUGGUCCUCGCGGCAGUGUAUCUCUUCCGCGACCAGCUCUUCGCCGCCUCCAAACCAAAGUCAGUGCCCGUUGCCGCUCCGAAGGCGAGUGCCGGGUCUGGGAAUCCUCGGGACUUUGUUGCGAAGAUGAAAGAAGGCAAAAAACGAAUUGUCAUCUUCUACGGCUCCCAAACUGGUACUGCGGAGGAGUAUGCCAUUCGUCUUGCGAAAGAGGCGAAGACUAAAUUUGGUCUCGCGUCUCUCGUCUGCGAUCCGGAAGAAUACGAUUUCGAGAACUUGGACCAGGUUCCCGAGGAUUGCUGUGUCUUCUUUGUCAUGGCCACCUAUGGUGAGGGAGAACCAACCGAUAACGCUGUCACGCUCUGCCAGAAUCUCUCCGACGAGUCUUUCGAGUUGAGCAAUGGUGAACACAAGCUUCCCGCCAUCAAAUAUGUCGUAUUUGGCCUCGGUAACAAGACGUAUGAGCACUACAAUCUGAUUGCUAAGAAUGUCGACCGGGACAUGCAGAAGAUGGGCGGAAUUCGCAUUGGUGAGCGUGGAGAAGGUGAUGACGAUAAGAGUAUGGAGGAGGACUACUUGGAGUGGAAGGACGGCAUGUGGGAAGCAUUCGCCAAGGCCAUGAACGUCGAGGAGGGACAGGGCGGGGACACCCCCGACUUCGCUGUCACGGAGGUCGAUGAGCAUCCUCCGGAGAAGGUCUACCUUGGGGAAUUAUCUGCUCGCGCUCUUACUCGCUCGAAAGGCAUUCACGAUGCGAAGAACCCAUACCCUGCACCCAUCGCUGUUGCUCGCGAGCUUUUCGAGGAGGGCACAGAUCGUAACUGCAUUCAUAUCGAAUUCAACACUGAAGGCUCUGGCAUCACGUAUCAGCACGGUGAUCAUGUUGGGGUCUGGCCAUCCAACGCCGAGUUCGAAGUACAACGGCUGCUCUGUGCUCUCGGCUUGUACGACAAAAAGGAUAAGGUUAUUAACAUUGAGUCGCUGGAUCCUGCACUUGCCAAGGUACCCUUCCCAGUCCCUACCACUUACAUCACGGUCCUUCGUCACUACAUCGACAUCAGCGCCGUCGCUGGUCGCCAGAUACUUGGUGCCAUUUCCAAAUUCGCUCCUACUCCUGAAGCAGAGGGCUUUUUACAGAUGCUUAACACCAACAAGGAGGAAUAUGCCAAUGUUGUUGCCAACGGAUGUCUCAAGCUCGGCGAGGUGUUGCAGCUGGCGGCCGGCAAUGACAUCUCCACUGCUCCUACCAUCGAGAACACCACACCGUGGGCGAUUCCUUUCGACAUUGUAGUUUCAUCUAUCCCCCGUCUUCAGCCUCGGUACUAUUCUAUUUCUUCCAGCCCCAAACUCCACCCGAACUCGAUUCAUGCCACCGUUGUGGUCCUCGCUUACGAGUCUAUCCCUAACGACAAGGUUAAGACUAAGUGGGUGCACGGUGUUGGUUCGAACUUCCUCCUGAACCUCAAGUUCGCUGCUCGUGGCGAGCCUAUACCUCUCGCUGCGGAUAAGGCGCACCCUGCCCUUGCUCUUACACCGAAGUAUGCCAUCGAAGGUCCCCGUGGUGCCUACAGGCAGGAGGCUAUUUACAAGGCUCCUGUACACGUCAGACGGUCGACCUUCAGGCUUCCCACAAAUCCGAAGAGCCCAGUCAUCAUGGUCGGUCCUGGCACAGGUGUUGCGCCAUUCCGUGGCUUUGUGCAAGAGCGUGUCGCUAUGGCUCGUCGCACCAUUGAGAAGAAUGGUGUUGAAGGUCUCGCCGACUGGGGUAAUAUCCGGCUGUACUUUGGUUGCCGGCGCUCGGACCAGGAUUUCUUGUACAAGGACGAGUGGACAGAGUACGCAAAGGAGUUGCAUGGCAAGUUCACGAUGCGCUGCGCGUUCUCGCGGCAGCCCCCAUACCAGCCAGACGGUAGCAAGAUCUACGUGCAAGAUUUGCUAUGGGAAGACCACGAGCAGAUUGCGGAUGCGAUCUUGAAUGGCAAGGGUUACGUGUACGUGUGUGGUGAUGCAAAGAGUAUGAGCAAGGCUGUGGAGGAGACGCUCUGCCGUAUCUUGGGCGAGGCGAAGGGCGGCUCUGCCGAAGUUGAGGGUGCGGCUGAGCUGAAGUUACUCAAGGAAAGGAGUAGGAUGCUGUUGGAUGUCUGGAGUUGA